CCCCCAUCCCCACACCCCCGGCCCGGCCCGGGGACCCCGGCACGUUCUGUCCCCCUCCCAGCAUCGCUUCCGAGACCUCUGGAAAGCCCUUUCGCGGACAGAAGUGGGGAGAAGCCGAGGAAGCAAAAAAAAAAGCCUUAUUUAUUAUCAUUUUUCCCACUGUUGGCAUGGCAACACAGGCGUACGUUACUGAGCUACAGGCAGCCCCGCAGCCAUCCCAACCACCACAGGCCCAGCCCCAGCCGCCACCGCCACCACCAGCAGCGCCCCAGCCCCCCCAGCCGCCUGCCACCCCCCAGCCCCAGUAUGUCACGGAGCUGCAGAACCCCCAGCCCCAGGCACAGCCACCAGGCAGCCAGAAGCAGUAUGUGACAGACCUCCCAGCCGCCCCCACACCCUCGCAGCCAGCUGGCGGACCCACUCCAUCCCCGGGAUCCCAGCAGUACAUCGUGGUCACCGUGUCUGAAGGUACCAUGCGGGCCAGCGAGACUGUGUCAGAGGCCAGCCCCGGCUCCACCACCAGCCAGACUGGAGUCCCUACUCAGGUGGUUCAGCAGGUGCAGGCCACCCAGCAGCGGCUGCUGGUCCAGACAAGUGUGCAAGCCAAGCCAGGACAUGUGUCACCCCUCCAGCUCACCAGCAUCCCCCUGCCCCAGCAGGCUCUCCCCACACAGCGGCUGGUGGUGCAGAGCACAGCCCCAGGUGGCAAGGGGGGCCAGGUCUCCCUGGCGGUGCACAGCACCCAGCAGGUGCACACACCCCCUGAGCGGUCGCCGGUGCAGGCCAAUAGCGCCUCCAGCAAGACGGCUGGGGCCCCCGCGGGAACGGUGCCACAGCAGCUGCAGGUCCACGGUGUCCAGCAGAGUGUCCCCGUCACCCCAGAGAGGUCUGUGGUCCAGGCCACUCCACAAGCUCCCAAAACUGGCCCCGUGCAGCAGCUGGCGGUGCAGGGACUCCAGCCAGUCCACGUGGCUCAAGAGGUGCAGCAGCUCCAGCAGGUGCCUGUCCCACACGUGUACUCCAGCCAAGUGCAGUAUGUGGAGGGCGGCGACUCCAGCUACUCUGCCAGCGCCAUCCGCUCCAGCACCUACCCCUACCCCGAGACGCCACUGUACCCGCAAACAGCGGGCACCAGCUACUACGAGGCAGCGGGCACGGCCGCCCAGGUCAGCACACCCGCCACCUCCCAGGCGGUGGCCAGCAGUGGCUCCGUGCCCAUGUAUGUGUCCGGCAGCCAGGUUGUCGCCAGCUCCACCAGCAGCGGGUCUGGGACCAGCAACAGCAGUGGCAGUGGCAGCGGGGGCGGGGGUGGCGGGGGCGGCGGAGCAGGCACCUACGUGAUCCAAGGCGGCUACGUGCUGGGCAGUGCCAGCCAGUCCUACUCCCACACCACCCGUGCCUCGCCAGCCACGGUCCAGUGGCUCCUGGACAACUAUGAAACGGCCGAGGGGGUGAGCCUGCCACGGAGUACCCUCUACUGCCACUACUUGCUGCACUGCCAGGAGCAGAAGCUAGAGCCUGUCAACGCUGCCUCCUUCGGCAAGCUCAUCCGCUCCGUCUUCAUGGGCCUACGCACUCGACGUCUUGGAACGAGGGGAAACUCUAAGUACCACUACUACGGCCUGCGUAUCAAGGCCAGCUCGCCCCUGCUGCGGCUGAUGGAGGACCAGCAGCACAUGGCCAUGCGGGGCCAGCCCUUCUCGCAGAAACAGAGGCUCAAGCCCAUCCAGAAGAUGGAGGGCAUGACCAACGGCGUGGCAGUGGGGCCACAGCAGGCCGCCGGGCUGUCGGACAUCAGCGCCCAGGUCCAGCAGUACCAGCAGUUCCUGGAUGCCUCGAGGAGCCUCCCUGACUUUUCAGAGCUUGACCUCCAAGGCAAAGUGCUGCCUGAGGGCCUCGGGCCUGGGGACAUCAAGGCCUUCCAGGUCCUGUACCGGGAACACUGUGAGGCUGUUGUUGACGUCAUGGUGAACCUGCAGUUCACCUUGGUGGAGACGCUGUGGAAAACUUUCUGGAGGUACAACCUCAGCCAGCCCGGUGAGGCACCACCACUGGCUGUGCACGACGAGGCUGAGAAGCGGCUGCCCAAGGCCAGCCUGGUGCUCCUCUCCAAGUUCGAGCCUGUGCUGCAGUGGACCAAGCACUGUGACAACGUGCUGUACCAGGGCCUGGUAGAGAUCCUCAUCCCGGAUGUGCUGCGGCCCAUCCCCAGUGCCUUGACCCAAGCAAUCCGGAACUUUGCCAAGAGCCUGGAGAGCUGGCUUACCCACGCCAUGGUGAACAUCCCCGAGGAGAUGCUGCGAGUGAAGGUGGCAGCGGCCGGCGCCUUCGCGCAGACCCUGAGGCGCUACACAUCGCUCAACCACUUGGCGCAGGCGGCACGUGCCGUUCUGCAGAACACCGCGCAGAUCAACCAGAUGCUAAGCGACCUCAACCGCGUGGACUUCGCCAACGUGCAGGAGCAGGCCUCGUGGGUGUGCCGCUGCGAAGACCGCGUGGUGCAGCGGCUGGAGCAGGACUUCAAGGUGACCCUGCAGCAGCAGAACUCACUGGAGCAGUGGGCAGCCUGGCUGGACGGCGUCGUGAGCCAGGUGCUCAAGCCCUACCAGGGAAGCGCCGGCUUCCCCAAAGCAGCCAAACUCUUCCUCCUCAAGUGGUCCUUCUACAGCUCCAUGGUGAUCCGGGACCUGACCCUGCGCAGCGCCGCCAGCUUCGGUUCCUUCCACCUCAUCCGGCUGCUCUACGAUGAAUACAUGUACUACCUGAUCGAGCACCGCGUGGCUCAGGCCAAGGGCGAGACCCCCAUCGCCGUCAUGGGAGAGGUGCGCCCGGCGGGGCGCGGGGGCGCGGGCGGGACACCCCUCGGCGAGACUCUCACCCCUUUUCUUUACUCUUUGCAGUUCGCCAACCUGGCCACCUCACUAAACCCCCUGGACCCCGACAAAGACGAAGAGGAGGAGGAGGAGGAGGACAGCGAGGACGAGCUGCCGCAGGACAUGGAGGCCCUGGAGCCGCCGGCCAAGUUGGCUCGGACUGACGCGCGCGGCCUCUUCGUGCAGGCGCUGCCCUCCAGCUGAGCCUCCCCAGCCCCGCCCCCGCCGCCCCUCCACGCCAGGGCCCCUCGCAGCUUCCGUGGCUUCGUUGUCACCGCCCCGGCCUCGGCCAGGGCAGGGAGGGGGCCUCCGAGGCGGGGAAGGCUUGGGGGUCCCAGCCCCGACGGGGCCGGCACAAUCCCAGGGCCGCGCGGAGCCGCAGCUGCAAACUCUGACCCAAAAGACGUGCCUUAAGGAACCCGCCGCCUUGCCCAGCUGCCUUUUGGGGCAGCCAGCUCGGCCUCUAGGCCCCAAGGCUGCAGCCUCUCCCCCCACCAACCCCGCCCUCCGGCCACCCCAGGGGGCAGGCGGGCAGGCCCCCUCCCCUGCAGAACUGUUAACUUAUUCAGCUCGCUGGCUUUGCACAGCCUGCCCUGAACCCAGCCCUGAGCCCCAGGUGGGCAUCGCCUGGGAACUACCCCAGUCAGCAGCCCCGGGACCCCUACCCCAGCAACCCCACUGCUUCCCCCUCCUUGGUAUAAGUGCAAUUAAAGCCGUGGGUGUCGCAUCUUCUCCAGAGCUGGGCCCUCCCUUGCUCCGUAGCCCUAGAGGGAGGGCACUGCCCCGCCUGGCUCGAGGAGGGCGGCAGGGGGUACCACCUCCAGCUUCCAAAGAACAGCAGGCCGGCCACGUGCGGAAGCCCGACGGGCCUGCUGCAGGCAGCGGGGGAUUGACGUGCCCAUGCUUGUUCGGGAAGGACUGGGUGCUCCACUCCCUCUGAUCCAAGACCCCCGGCAUCUCGGGCCCUCCCAGCCUCUGGUUUGUAAUGGAACCUCCGCGCUCCUACUCCUCCUGGAGACGUGCUUCUCCUCCGUGCUGUGCGACUCCCGCCCCCCACAUGACUAUUGUGCGAUUUGUGUGCCCCGCCCAAAGCGGAGUUGGUAACUUGUUGGGUUUUUUUCCAACCAUCAUGGCCUUAUCUGUUCCGGUUUUCUCAAGUGUUUUCAACCCGUGAGAUAGAUGUUUAUGGCAAAAACCAAGAAAAAAGCAAAAAAAAAAUCUGACCUAUUGUAUAAAAAUCACUAUUUUGUGUGCUCCGCGUGCUACAGCUUUGGGGGUGGCCUGCCACACCCCCUUCCCCACCCCCUGGGGCCUCCCCUCUCCUGGCGGUGAAAGCGUCCACAUGUGUGGUAGUCUAGUGUGCCGAACUGUUUUCUACCUUUUUGUAGUCUUUCUUAAAACAAUAAAUUCCGCUGUGAUAUUUAGCUAU